AUGCGCGCCGUUCAAAUCAUGACCCCAAGUCCCGUAGUUCCAAUCCGUAGUGUGAAUGUAGAAGUCUCGAGCGAGCCGAGACAGACUGAGUCGCUGGUGACGAAUGCUGGCUAUCGCAUAUCCGUUUUGGCGAGUCGCGUGAGUUGUUGUUUGCCGUCAUCUCAAAAGAUGGUCAGGUCGAGGGGAGGGGGGGCGAGUUGUUUAUUUGGAGCGAGCCCUCAUCUUUCUUCUCUUACGCUUGAGACGACGCACGCGCUUCUUUCUCCACUUAGCUCUCAUCUUGAAUGA